GACGAGCGAGUGAGUUACUGAGUUCACUGUCAGAACAGUAAUGUCACGAUCUCAAUGGCAUCGCAUACAGAUUCAUCGAUGUUCUUAUUUAAUGUCCCUCCAUCACGGAUGGAGAAGCUUUGCAAAAUAAUCGACAGUGGUGACGGCAGCCUCGGGUGGAGAGAUUUGGCUGCGCGUAUUUUGCCCAAUUGGUCAGAACUACGGCAGAAUGAGAGACUAGAGGCUGCGGGCAAGAGCCCGACCAGCGAAAUACUCUGGUCCUGGGCCCAGAAGAACAAAACCGUGGGAGACUUACUGCUGGUUCUGGAGGACAUGGGCCAUGAGAGAGCGCUUGAUGUGUUCAGGUCAGGAGGCGCGAAGCCCGUGCCAAAAGAAUGGCCGUCGCAUUGUGAAGACUCUUCCCAGGAGCCUUCUGACAGUUGGUCAGGACCCGAGGAGCUGCGUUAUUCUCCCUGUUCCGCCAGCCAAGGCCGUCCCCUGAAACACAGCCUCACUUACGGUGACGUCAAAGAGGGAACUUCCUGUUUCCACCACAGCUCAAAGAUUGGGGACAGCACCUUUUCCGAGGUGUACAAAGGCUCGAAAGGGGACCGGGCCUUCGCCGUUAAAGUGUUCAAGCAGGAAAAGAAUGCCUCUUGGAAGGAACUGUGGGACGUGUUCAGGACCGAAAUGGAAAUUCUGCACCAUAAACCGCAUCCAAACAUCCUGGAGUUGUGGGGCUGCUUUUUGGAAGGGGACCAGUACUGCCUUGUGACCCCUUACCUUCCCAAUGGCUCCCUGUCCCAGUGGCUGCAUGAGCAGGGGGCUGCGUCGUUGUCCUGGAGGGACCGGCUGAACAUCGUGAAGGGCACCGCCCGGGCCGUCUCCCACCUGCACACAGCCCCGCCCUGUGGCGUCAUCUGCGGCAACUUAACCAGUGAGAACAUCCUUCUCGGAGAGCAGCUGGAGCCCAAGCUGUCCGAUUUUGGGCAGGCCCGCCUGAAACCCUACCCCCUCACUCACGGCUGCACCGUCACCCUGGACGCCUUCCCCCUGGGAACUCUGGGAUACCUGCCGGAGGAGUACAUCCGGUACGGCAAGCUCUCCACCGCUGUGGACGUGUACAGCCUCGGAGUGGUGAUGAUGGAGACACUCACCGGACAGAGGGCAGCCCCGCCCAAACAAAUCCCACUGAGAGAGAGGCUGUGCAGGGAGGUGGAGAGGAGCGGGGGGCUGGAUGUGUGUCUCUCUCUCCUGGACCCGAGGGCGGGACCCUGGCCUCAGGACACGGCGCUGGGCCUCUUCCGCGUGGCCCUGGACUGCACCGCCAGCCGGCCCAAAACCAGGCCCAGCAUGCACCGGGUUGUGGAGGUGCUCAGCCAGAUGCUGCCUCGGCCGGCUCCUCCCCCAGAUGACCUCCCUCGGACCCUGGAAGACUGGGGCGGCGCCGGGGCCCCCUCCAGCCUGCCCGAGGAGCACGACGAAACCCAGGGACCUGCCCCGCAGCCGGGGCCUUGCGAGUGCAGCCAGUCAGAGGCCACCUUCCUGAGUGACGCGAUCAGAGGGGCGUGGCAGCAGGACGAGACGGGGGCGGGGCAGAGCGUGCCCUUUGACCUCUACAGCAGCUGGCCCGUGCAGUGCAGCUGUGCACCCGGGGACGGACAGGAGUGCGAGGACUGUGUUUCCAACGGGUUCGCAACCGGGCAGUCACACACAGACGCGCCAGCGCACAGGCCGGGGGAGCACGUGCCCAACCAGGCCAAGGAGCGCUUCAUCAACAAGAUCCAGCGGUACAACCAGGGCCUGAUCAACACAGAGGAGCUGCUGUCCAUGAGCAGGGACUGAGCUCAGGCUAGUGCUAGCAGCCUGGGCCCGUCACCAGCUACUUCCGCCUGAGCCACUAGGGGGCAGCGAUGUGCGUUUGCUGACUGGAACUGAGUCGUGUGCGGUGUAGUGCUUAGAGCGUCGCGCUUGGGAAGAGCUGUUGUUCAAUUGGACAGGCUUGCCUCACCUUACCUGACCCCGUCUGACCUUACCUGAUCUCACCUGAGCAUAACUGACCUUACCUGACCCCGUCUGACCUGACCU